CUUUUCUUUUUGGUUUCACGGGUGACAUAAAUUGAGAAAAGUGAAAGCAGUUUUGGUGCAGGAGUUGAAAGAAAUGCAAUUCUGGCCGGGGACUGUGCAGCCAUUAUCAGAAGCUGGGAAUUCCGGGGACACAGGCUGAGAGGAGAUUGGGGCAACGUGGUUGUAGGCAAGGGUCAAGAAAUGGGACAGGAGGGUAUUUCGAGGCAGGACCGCAAAUAGAAGCAGGGAGGAGAUAUUUGAACACAGAACUAGAGAGAAAAGGGGACCUAUUCAGGGAUGCUGGAGAAAUUUGGGGACGGGACUGAGAGGAAACAGCACCUCAGAAGAGAUGUGUUUCGAGAACAUUUUUAAGACAAUGGGAUCUCCAAGCAAUUUAUUACACACCCUCUAUGUGCCAGGCACUGUGCUAAAGAUGAAAAAAUAAAACAGCCCCUUCCAACUAGAAAAGCCACAUAUAGAAAGAACUAAAGGAGAUGGGCUCCGGGAUAUAAGAAACAACGAGUCACCGAGGUACAAUAUAUAAUAAAAUAAUAAUUGUGGCUGAAAGGAAGCCAAGCUGGAAAAUAUUUGCAGACUUCCCCCAGUUGACUGUAGGUUCCUCGAGGGCAGAGACUGUUUCCUUUUAGUAACAUCAGAGUGUAGCAAAUUGUUCAGUGGAGUUGAAUUGCUUUGAGAUGACAAAAUCAGAUACUUCCCAGCUGUAUGACCCUGGGCAAGUCACUUAACCUCAAUUGCUGGGCACUUCGAGCUCUUCUGACUUGGAACUGAUACUUAGCACCCAUUUAAAGACGAAGGGGGAAAAAGACAGGAUCUAGGAAUAGCUGGGACACGGGUAAGGGGUUAGACCCCGACGAAGAUACCAAGGGAAAUGCCUGAGAAAAGAUUUGGGGAGAGGGGAUCCCGGCCUCGGGUGGAGGCAGAUUAGUUAAGAAGGGCGGGUGGGCGUCGAAGCAGCCAGGCUAUAGAGAAGGGUCCAACAACCCCUCCCCGCCAGCGGGAGAUGGCAGGGUGGUCCAGCAGGUGGGGAGGUGUAAAUCUCCUGGAUUGCAGCAGAGGCAGGGCGGGGCUGGGAGCAGCAGCACUGGGCCCCCGCCCCUCAGGGACCCCCGCUGAGAUCGGAGUGCUACUCCUCCACUAAGGGAUCCAGCUCAGCUUCGGUGGGUUGGCUGGGCGCUGAGUGCGCCCCUCCUACUUCCGGGCAGGGGUCUCCUUAUAAGAGAGCUGCCGAGGCUCCUGGCUUCUAAAUGCAUCCAGGGUUGCCCUGGUUGACUUCUCUUUCUUCCGCCCUACCCCGGUCGUCUGCCCAGGCUCGGCCCUCUCUCUUCCCCACAUCUCCUUUGUGUUCCUACGGUGGUCAGCCUGAGACCGCCUCGACUGUCUUCUCUCCUUUCUCCUCUUCUUCCUGGUCUGCCCGGGGCUGCCCCGUCUGAUUUCUCUCCGUCCCCUUCGUCCUUCCUCUUCUCCCGGGUACCCCGGCCUCUUCUCUCUCGUUUCCCCUCGCCCCUCCCACAUCCCGGGCGAGCUGCGCUGUCGGCUGCCCCGGGCCCCAAGCCAGGAGCGCUUCCCCUCCUCCUCCGCCACCACCCCCCACCCCGGGCGUGAGGGCGUGGCCGGGGCGUGGCGUGUGGCCGGAGCCGGGGCCUGACAAGAUGGCGGCUGCGGCGGCGGCGGCGCUAGGGGCGGAGGAGCCUGAGCUGAGCUUGGAGCUGCUGCCCACCGACCCCCUGCUGCUCAUCUUCUCCUUCUUGGACUACCGGGACCUAGUCAGUUGCAGUUGUGUUAGCCGAAGAUUAAACCAACUCUCCAACCAUGAUCCUUUAUGGAGAAGACAUUGCAAAAAAUAUUGGCUUUUAUCAGAGACAGAAAAAACACAGAAGAACAAGAGUUGGAGAUCUCUCUUCAAAGAGACUUAUAUUGAUCUAGGAAGAUAUAUUCAGCAUUAUGCUACUCUUAAGAAAGCCUGGGAUGAUCUGGAGAGAUACUUGGGGCAGAGGUGUCCAAGGAUGAUCGGAUCUCUGAAAGACAGCGUGGAGGAGCGGGAGCUGGAUGCCGUGGAAGCCCAGAUUGGCUGCAAGCUGCCCAAUGACUACCGCUGCUCCUUCCGGAUCCACAACGGACAGAAGCUGGUGGUUCCUGGGCUGAUGGGCAGCAUGGCCCUCUCCAACCACUACCGCUCAGAGGACCUGCUGGACAUCGACACGGCCGCCGGAGGAUUCCUGCAGAGGCAGGGCCUGAGGCAGUGUCUCCCCCUCACUUUCUGCAUACACACUGGUUUGAGUCAAUAUAUGGCCCUGGAGAGUGUCGAAGGCCGCAAUAAAUACGAGAUCUUCUAUCAGUGUCCGGUUCCUGAUCUGCAGGACCAGAUGGCUCGGAAUCCAUCAGCAAUUGAUAUGUUUAUUACAGGUGCUUCCUACUCCGAAUGGUUUACCUCUUACGUGCACAACGUUGUCACAGGGGGCUACCCCAUCAUCCGAGACCAGAUCUUCAGAUAUGUUCACGAUAAGGGGUGUGUGGCGACCACUGGAGACAUCACAGUGUCCGUGUCUACAUCCUUCCUGCCAGAGCUCAGUUCUGUCCAUCCACCUCACUACUUCUUUACUUACCGAAUCAGGAUUGAGAUGUCUAAGGAUGCCCUCCCAGAGAAGACUUGUCAGUUAGACAGCAGAUACUGGAGAAUCACCAAUGCCAAGGGUGAAAUCGAAGAAGUCCAGGGGCCUGGUGUUGUGGGAGAAUUUCCCAUCCUCAGCCCAGGCCGGGUAUAUGAGUAUACCAGCUGUACCACAUUCUCUACCACGUCAGGGUACAUGGAAGGACAUUAUACCUUCCACCUCCUUUACUACAAGGACAGAAUAUUCAACGUGGCCAUUCCCAGGUUUCAUAUGGUGUGUCCCACAUUCAAGGUCUCCACCACCCCAAGGGUGAAGAGACCAAAGCUAAUGGAGUGACUUAGCUCUCUUACCCUCUGAAGUUCUCCCGCUAGAGCUGGCACCCCCCUGCCCGCGGUCCAGAUCAUCUGCCGUCCUGGAAAGCCUGUGCUGGCCCCAUGGUUGGGGAAGCCUUGGAGUGAUGAUGGCUUGCUCUCCCUGCUCUCUGACACGCUCUCUUAGGACCAAAUUGUUCCCUUUCUCCCAGAGCCUGUGAGGAUCAGAAGGCACUGCCCAUGGGGCCAUGUCGGGAUUGUUAGGGCCGCCCAGUAGGGUCUUAUGUUGGAUAAAUAAAAGUCUGCUGCCAUGAAUCGGGAAGGCGUCCUACUCAAUGGUGUCGUUCUGUUCCAAGGAAACACACAAUGAGUGUGCCGUGAUCGAGGAAGACGAGGAGUCCACGGAUUCUGAGAACUUUGAGGACCAGCCCCGGCUCCUGGACUUCUCUCCCCCCACGGGCCACUGUCCUCGGCACACCUGAGCGCCCAGGCUCUUCUGGAGAGUGUAAAUACGGGCUGUUCCGGCACGUCUCCGGGCAGCGGACAGAGCGGCCCAGCUCUGGGGUCCACCAGACACUUUAUCUUAGCAGUUGGUUUGGGUUGUUUGUGUUCUCUGUAUGACAGAGGAGGGGAAGGGAGGGAGGAAGGGAAGGCCAGGCCUCUUUCCUUUCCUCUUCCUCAUGUCAGAUGGGAAAUUGUUCUCCAGCUGAGGGGCCGAUAGUUCUGCCUUGUUGAAAGCAUUUUGUCCUUGUAAUAGUUACAGAAGCUGACUGUGUGGGGGCAGCGGAUGGCAGGGAGGGUGGCUUUCCACCACCGUCCCUGCCCAUGGAGCAGCAGCAGUCAGGAUAGGGGAGAUGCUAGGCUUGAGCAGCCUACCAGCUUCCUUUGGUCCUUGGGUUAUCCUUUCCUGCCAUUGUAAGUCGUCUUUGGAGGAACUGAACUACUUGCAAGUAGCCUUGGUAGCCAGGGAAUCCAUCCGAGAGCACCCUGUCCAUCCAUUUUAUACCUACUGGAGACACCCAAGACCUGUCGUGGUUGAUGUCAGUGACCGGCAACUAAAAAUGGUCUUUUUCUCCUUGAAGACAGACAAUCCAUCCUUGAAUUUAUUUUAGAUUAAAAAAAUCUUUUAACAUAGCAGUCAUUUUGAAAUGUGGUAUAUUAAAGCACCUGCCGUGUUCCUACUAACAGGAGUAGUCUUGGCAAUGACUUGCACGGCAUAUGCCUUUGUAAAUACGAUUUCUGAUUUUCCUGCUUUAUACACUUUGUCUUAACUUUGUGAUAAGUGACAUGAAUUUUAUGUUAAGACUAAAAUUUGUUUUCCUGAUAGGUUUUUGUAAUGAUCAGAUUCUGAAUUUGGAAUGAAAUCUUCCAGAUGUUUAAAAUCACAUAUUUAAAAGUAACUCUGUUUUUAUCUCAUCUUUUUAUGCCACAUCCAAAACUUUUUUCUUGCUCUCUAAAUGGAUGCUGAUGAGCAUUAGCCUUGCUUUUUUAAAGCAGAGGUUGGUCAACAUUGCCGAUGAGUCCAGCAGACCCUAUUCUGCAUUAUUUGGGGUCAGGACCAUUUGCUGGUAUGUGUUAUAGUGCUCACACACACACACUUGGUUAAGGCUGCACAAAAGGGCCUCCAUGGAGGCCUGGGCGGCGUCUUCCCAGGAGGAUCCAGCCUCGCCCCUGCCCCCUUCGUGUAGGGAGCCAGGGCUCUGGGCCCAUCUCACUGGGUGGCCCAUGAGGGGCUGCCCUUGGCACUUCAAAGGGCCCAAAUGCCAUCCGUGGGGCCGGCUUUCCUGAGCAUGCAGGGACCAAGUGAGGCAGACUCCCCCGUGGCUGGCGAGCCUGUUGGCUAACCCUCAGCCUGGCUAGCCGGUGGCCAAGUGGCUGUAUGUGCCCCACUGCAGUCCUCCAGUCCAGCUCUAGAGGCUAGUGAUUUAGAUUGCUGUUUGGCUACAGCAAUUCAUAGGAAGAUUUUAAUGAAAAUUAGGUUAUGGGAUCUGGGCCUCUGGAGGGGAUACUGGGGAUACCCAGAGCAAUGAAAGCAAGGAAUAGAGAGGCCCAGCGUAUAUAAUGAGUGAUAAAAGGGCAGCCAUGAUAGGCUGUGGGGAAAAAGUUUGUGGCAGUCUCACCCAGAGAAUGGAAGGCUCAGAACUCCCUUAACCUUCCUCUUAGAAUCACUACUAUGUAUAUAUGUUGAGGCAGAAGAGUGUGAAGUGACUUGCCCAGGGUCACACAGCUGGGAAGUGUCUGGGGCCUGUUGUGAACCCAGGACCUCCCAUCUCUGGACUUGACUCAAUCCACUGAGCCACCCAGCUGCCCCCUCAAAACUCCCUGGACCAGAGGUAUGAAAGUGAAGAAGAGAGGUUUAGGGCCAAGAAAUAGCCCCAGGGCUGAUAGAGUAGCCCCAGGAGUGGAUCAGGGUUUGCAUAUUGACUAGUCCUCCCCUGGGUGCUUCUGGGUGUGAAUCGCAGGAAGGGGACCCCGCGGACCGAUUAGACAGGUCUAACGAAUCUAAAUACCGCCCGGAAAAGGGCAAGACUUCUCUCGUGACCAUGUGGAGCGAUGCGAUUGAUGCCUGCCUGGUGGAGAUUACUGAGUCUGGGGGUUCCGCUUCUAUAGGCCGUUCAGUGGAGGGCCUUCAAUCUGAGGCAAGCCCCGCAGCGCCCCCAGUCUCCGGUGGGGGGGGGGGGGCCGGGAGACUCCGGCCUUCCUCGCGGAGAUCCCCUCACAAUGGAAAUUCGGAGUCCGAAAUUAUGAGCGGAAAAAGUUUCUUUCCUGAAAGAGGGGGCCGUCUCUAGUGCUAAAGCAAAAACCCUCCUCUUCCGGCCGAGCCUCACCACACUCCCCCUUCCCCACCGCCUUUCCCCGUCUGACCCCCAGAAACUGGGGAACCUAAACUCACCCCAUCGGACACUAGGACAGCCACGCGUGGCUCCUUAGUAAACAGCCCCCCCCCCCCCCCCAGCCUUGAACCCCUGUAGCCUGCCGGAAGCUGCGGUAGGGCUCGGCCGAGCCGAAGCAGGGGACGCGGCGAGGAGGUUCGGAGAUGAUACUCUAGUCAGCUGGUUUGAAACUCGCCCAGAGUUGGCCAGGGGCCACACGCAGCUCCCCCGCUCCCAUGGAGGACUAUAAAUGGCCAAACUGGUGCUCCAUGCGGAUCGGGAAAGGGGUGUCCUCGUUGGGAGGAGACAGACCAAACGAUCUCCCCGAGUCCGCCUCGAAAGCCCCAGGACUGCGGAGGCGUCUCCAGGUUCUGGAACAGAUUGACAUGAUGGGGUACAGAAGGACCUGCAUUCUCCUUGGGUUCUUGGUCCUGGUGAUGUUCUGUAGCCCAGGUGAUGCUCUGAGAUGCUACGAUUGUAAUGUUCCAACACAACACUGUACCAAGAAUAUCACCUGUAGAACUGAAGAUGACGCUUGCCUUCGGGUUAUGACUGGUACAGAUUAUCGUUAUUUAUGUUGGAAAUAUGCUAACUGCAAUAUGGAGAAGAUUGGAGAAAUUCUUGGCAUUGCCAAGGCCACUUACCACUGCUGCCAAGAAGACCUGUGCAAUGAUGCAGGAAUGGGGGCCACAAUCAGCAAAACAACCAUGAUUUCUGGGCUCUUGGCGGUGAUGCUCUGGGGCUUCUAUGUUUAAUUGAGUAGAAGGGGAAAGAGCCCCAAGGAAAAGGGGUGCAGGAAUGUGUGUGUGUGUACGUGUGUGUGUUUAUUUGGGGGGGGAUGGUUUUCCAUUUCCCUCCCCAUGAGAUCUCAUGUAUUAUAUGUCUCUCACUAAAUACUUUUUGUGUGGGAGAAAGAUGCUUAGUUACAGCUGUUCAUUUGAGAAGUAGGUAACCAAAGUCCUACAGAGGGAAGUGUGUGAAGUUUGUAAGGCUGCCAUUCUUCUCUCCAAACAAGCUUCUUAUCUGGGGAGACAUUAUUAACUCUGAAGUAAAAGAAAGAGCACUGUGGCUACUGAUAAGGUGUCAUUUCUGGAGGCUUCCUCAAGCCGUCCUGCCUUCCCCAACCCGAUACCCCAGAACUGAGCCCACAUUUUGGGCAAUAGGAUUAGCCAUGAGAAAUCUCGUGACAUCUCUUCCCACUUUCCCAAAUAAUUUAGUACGUGAUCUCCACUGGAUCAUAUACUCUUCUCAUUCCUUGCCCUUCAAAUUAAGACAGUCUUUUAAAAAAAAAUCCACUAAUGCUUCUCUGGCUGUAUGAACUAUUCAAGCACUCCCUCCUGUGCCACAGAGAAAAGAUACACUAGCCCAGUCCAAAAAUAUACCCCACUGCGGGAACAAAUGUCAUUAAAACUCUUGUCUCAUCCUAACUGGAAUGAGUUUGGACUUGAGAAAUGUCUGGCAUGACAGGGAGAAGGGAGCCCUCCAGUUGGAAAGGCACUAGAACCCAAUCCUUCUUGGGAGUUAAAUUAAAGAUGGCUCCCUGAUGGGAAACACUUAAUUGAAACUUGAGCAUGUUGAGGGAAUUAGAUCCUUAGGGUCCCUUCCCCCAUUCAACCCUGACAUUUGAGUUGAAGAUGGGACUUGAGCUCCAAUGGGAACAUUUACAAAGCCAAAAUUAACUUGUAUUACAUUCUAUUAAUCAUCCUACCCAUCCCUCUUAAGAGCAGACAUGAGCUCAGCUUGGUUCCAUAACGAUUGGAAAUUAACCAACCCUUGGCCCGCAUGUUUUCAAGAUGGAAGGUUGUUGGUGGAUUUGAGGUUGAAGAUGUUGCUUCUGAAUCUGGUCGAAGAGUUGAUAAAGUCAUUGUUUAGGGCUCUAAAUUGCAUCCUUAAUAGAAACAAGAACUUACUUGACAAAAUUAUUUAAAACUUGUAUAGCCUCAUGAUUAAUAAAACAGGGGGUGGGAGCCCUCCCCUGUUACGAGGGCUAUUUAUAUGCUACUGUCAAAUGCACUGGCUUCCUGCGAGACUCUGAUUCAUCACACUCUGUCCCUCCCCCUUUAUAGUGGUAAGUGCCCAUUCCCCUUUCCCUCCCAGAAGCCCCUUGACAACAGAUAAGUAGAGGGGCCAAAAAAAGGAUUUUGUGUUCCCAAAAUUGACUCUGUACGCCUUAGUAUGUAUUAGCUUUGUAGAUAAAGGCAGCACUCUAAUGAAGAUGCUUUAAUCCUUGAAAAUGCAAAGAUGUUCCACAGCCAGGUGGAUGAGUUGUAAGCAACUGAGUCUUCUGCAAAUUAAAUCCAAUCAAGCUGUUGACCUGGAUGUGCUAAUUGAUCUAAAAGAAUAUUUUCUAUUGGCAGUUGGGAGAAUGGGAAUCUUGGGACCUUCCUAGGUGCCAGGUCUACUCCCAUAAAUCCAUUAAUCCCUACGCUUUGAGUAAUAUGAUUUAUCCAGUUCUGAAGCUAGGGAACUUUAUUAUUGCUUCGUUCCAUAGCCUUCCUCUGUAUCUCUUGUGCAUCAAGAAGGAAGAGAAUAAACAUUUACUGAGCACUUA